UAUUUAUUCACAUCUUUUACUUGUCACUGACUGCAUGAAAAUAAAUAGUUUAAUUUAGAAGAAUUUUAAUUAAAAUGAAUCGCGUAAGGACACGUACAUCGAAAACCGGCGAAAUUAUCGCCUACAGUGAAGGAGUCAUCAGGAAAAACAUUUCUGCUGUCGAAUAUUGUCGCACUUCGAUGGCAGCCAUCUCGGGCUGCGCUGCUGGCAUUUUGGGACUGAGCGGAACACUUGGUUUCUUGUUCUACUUUGUGUCUGUGUUUGUGCUCUGGCUAAUGGUGUUGGCCAAGUCGGGUAUUCAGUGGCGCAAAUACUUUAUAAAUCGCCGGAAUCUGCUCACCAAUCAAUUCAUGGGCGGCCUUUGCACCUAUGUGCUCUUCUGGACAUUCUUAUAUGGCAUGGUGCAUGUGUAUUAAUAACGGGCUUUUCCAAUGUGGUUCAAAAUAGACAAAUAAACAUAGCUUAAGAUAUGGAAA